AGCAAGCUUUUUGCAAGGCAGCAGCAUCUGUCCAAAGCCCUUAAUACUGUCUAGAGCUUGUGCAGCGGGUGCCACAGCCAGGCAUGUGGAGCAGAAUGUACGCUAUGAAGCGGCUCAGGGAAUAAAUGGAAGUGUGCCACUCAAACAGUCCCCACGUUCAGCUGCAAGUCCAAAGCCACAAGUGCCUCCAAAGCCAAUUCAUCUGCAGAAGGCAACAUACCAAAUCCCUAGGCAUAAAGCUUUAACAAAUCAGAAACCAAGAAUGGAGGAAGAGACACCUGCUGCUGCUUCUAGUGUCACAAAGGAAAAGUCCAGUAAAGUGUCAGAUCUCAUCAACCGCUUUGAGGGAGGCAGCUCACUGAAUCCUGGUGAUUUCAAGAAAGAUUCCUCUGUUCUUCACAUUACUAAAUCUCAAGGAAGAUAUGGGUCCAUGCCAUCAGCUCAGCCAAAACUCCCUUCCCAGCACUCACUACAGAAACAGGGAAACAGUACCACUGACAAAACUCAGGUUGAACAGCUGCCCACAGCCAACGGCAUCGUAGCGCAAGACCAGCCGGAAGAUGAGGAGCGGAGAUGGCUGGACCGCGGCUCGGCCACGUCCACCCCGGUCCUGGAUGAUGCCAUGGACUGCAGCUUGAUAAACGGGGAAGGGGAAACGACUCGCAGGGAGUCGUUGCAAAAUGUGGCUGCCUGUGAGGAGCAGAUGCUCAACAGCUGCCACAGGAGUCUGAGCAGUGACACGCUGCUCCCACCGGAAAAUGAAACUCUAGGAACUGAUACUGAUGUCAAGGAAGAGCCAGCUGAGGAAAGCAGUAAACAAGAUCAGCCUGUAGAAACAAAGGAGACAGAUGAGCAGAAACGUCACAAAAUUGCCAAUGAACUUCUGCAAACAGAAAAGGCCUACGUUAGCCGACUUGACCUCCUAGAUGGGGUAUUCUAUUCCAGACUCCUUGAGGAAGCCAACAGAGGUUCAUUUCCACCUGAAGUAAUUAAUAAAAUAUUUUCUAACAUUUCAUCAAUAAAUGCCUUCCACAGUAAAUUCUUACUUCCGGAACUUGAAAAAAGAAUGCAAGAAUGGACUACCACCCCUAGGAUUGGAGAUAUUCUGCAGAAGUUGGCUCCUUUCCUCAAGAUGUACGGCGAGUAUGUGAAGAAUUUCGAUAAUGCAAUGGAACUGGUGAAAACGUGGACUGAACGGUCACCUCAGUUCAAAUUCAUUAUUCAAGACAUUCAGAAGGAAAAAGUGUGUGGAAAUUUGACAUUGCAACAUCACAUGCUAGAACCAGUCCAACGCAUUCCACGCUACGAGAUGCUUCUAAAGGACUACCUAAGGAAAUUGCCUCAGGAUUCCCUAGACUGGAAAGAUGCUGAAAAAUCCCUGGAAAUUAUAUCCACUGCAGCAAGUCACUCAAAUAGUGCAAUAAGAAAGAUGGAGAAUCUAAAGAAGUUGUUGGAGAUAUAUGAGAUGCUGGGAGAAGAGGAAGACAUUGUGAACCCUUCAAAUGAGCUGAUAAAAGAAGGACAGAUCCUUAAACUGGCUGCUCGCAACACAUCUGCCCAAGAGCGCUAUCUUUUCCUGUUUAACAAUAUGUUGCUCUACUGCGUCCCGAAAUUCAGCCUGGUAGGAUCCAAGUUUUCGGUUCGAACCAGAGUUGGCAUAGAUGGCAUGAAGAUUAUAGAAACCCAUAAUGAAGAAUAUCCACACACUUUCCAGGUGUCUGGAAAAGAGAGGACACUGGAGCUGCAGGCCAGUUCUGAACAGGAUAAAGAAGAAUGGAUAAAGGCACUUCAGAGUACUAUUGAAGCUUUUCAGCAGAGGAAUGAAACUUUCAGAAAUGCUAUUGCUAAAGAAUAUGAAGACAUGCCUGUUGAAGUCUCUAAUGCUGAGCUUGGGAAGAGAGCGCCGAGGUGGAUCCGGGACAAUGAGGUCACUAUGUGCAUGAAAUGCAAGGAGCCCUUCAAUGCACUGACGAGGAGGAGGCACCACUGCCGAGCGUGUGGACACGUGGUUUGCUGGAAAUGUUCUGAUUACAAAGCACAUCUUGAAUAUGAUGGCAAUAAAUUGAACAAAGUCUGUAAAGAUUGCUAUCAUGUUAUAAUUGGUUGUACAGACAGUGAAGAAAAGAAGAGGAAGGGCAUCUUGGAGAUUGAAUCUGCAGAAGUCUCUGGAAAUAGUGUCAUAUGUAGCUUUCUUCAGUACAUGGAGAAGUCCAAGCCCUGGCAGAAGGCAUGGUGUGUCAUACCCAAACAGGAGGCUCUUGUGCUCUACAUGUAUGGUGCUCCACAGGAUGUGAAAGCUCUGGCUACAAUUCCUCUUCUGGGCUACACAGUGGAUGACACUCCAAAAAGUGCUGACCUCCCCCACAGCUUCAAACUGACCCAGUCUAAGUCUGUGCACAGCUUUGCUGCAGACAAUGAGGAACUGAAGCAGAAGUGGCUGAAAGUUAUCCAUUUAGCUGUCAAAGGUGAGACACCAGAAUGUCAAAAUGAACUGCAAGUGAAUUUAGAAGAGCAGCCUGAAUCUUCUAAAAGAUCUGAAUGCUGAAGCUUAAGAACACAUGGCAUUUUUAAAAGAUUUCAGUUGACAUUGUGGUUAACGUUUGUGUUAACCUUUUUUUGCUCAAUCAAGGAAAAAAAAAGAAAAAAAAAAACAGAAAAAGAAACUUCUUACUACCAUACACAUCUUGGCACUUUAUGUUUGGGAAAGAAUUCUGGUCUUUUUAGGGAUCUUUUUCUUAUAUUUAUGUUCUGUCAAUAAAAGUGAUGUACAGGUCCAUUUCAGAGACUUUUUAAAAAAAUGUGAAUGCUAUUAAAAAUACUUACUAACUUUACUGUACUACUCGUUUGUUGUAAUGCAAUUUUUUUUUUUAAUCCAGUUGCUCUUCAGUUAACGUUUGCUACUUUCAUUAAGAAUGCAAAUAUUUGAAGCUUCCUACUUACAUGUUAGGAUUUGCAACAGGAUAAAAGAUAUACCUCCACAUUGCCAAAAUAGAUCUGUACUUAAAUAUACAGGGACAGAUUGGUUUAAUGUAUGUAGUUUAUAGAUUGAUUUCCACAGUUCUGUACAUAUGUUGUAUUCAUUUGUAUCUUUUUAAUUAAAGUAAUGCAAAUUGCUUUCACAGGUA